ACGCGGUGCUCCAGCGUACAUACCAUGUCGGAGUCGGAGAUCGCGCGCGUGAGAGCGGUUGCCGCCGCCGCCGCCGCCGCGCGCCGGCAGCGACGGCGGCGGCGGCGGCUGCUACAGUGACGGCGAUGGUGGGAUUGGAGGGGAGCGGGCGGCAGUGGUGGGCAGUGGUGGGGGAAGGGAGCGGUGAUGGUAGUGGUGCGGCGCGUAUAUACGCUCCGCGCGGCGCACACCUGACCAGUACUCGAGUGGUAGUCGAGGGAGAAGAACGUGUUCUUUUCGACCCGGCCUCUCGUCGCGUUAUUCGGUCGCGCACGCCGCGCCGCCGGCGAAACGUCGUCACCGUCGUCGUAGUCGUCGCUGUUGCCGCCGCCGCCGUCGCCGCUGCCUCCCUCUCGCACGGUGUGCGGUGCGAAGUACUGGUCGCCAGGGUUGGAGUGCGCGAGUGCUACAGUGCUCGUCGGCUUCGACGACAGUGUCCCCGUACUUGUGGUGUCGUGCGCGUGUCGUACCGUGUGGUAGCCGCCGGGGAUACGAACGUAAUACGAAAUGGAGCCACGGCGCGAAAAUGGCGUUCGUUCCUCCGUCUCGCCGCGCGCAAUCUCUCACCUACUUCUCUCGUACGACUCUCGUUCGUUCUUCAUCAGCAAGAUCUGAUGAUCUCGGGAUCGCGCACAUUAACGCACGCGACAUGUUGGGCAGGGAUACUCGAUUGAGGAUCAUCGACUGGAUGACACCGUAUCGCCAACGCUUCGAGGAGUCCAGAGGAGCGGCAGCUGUGAUUAACGUUUCAUGCCGAUAUUAGGAGCUUCUAUAUAUACAUGUUGAAUAUAUAUAUAUAUCGUUGAUAUCUAUAUAGAUAUAUAUGUAUACAUACACACACAUGUUCCAUAUAUUUUUGGAUUGCCUGUUGAAGCAAGAGCGCAACCUGAUCCUAGCGGGUGAGUACGCAUUAAAUGAUGUAAAAAGUUUUACGAUGGGGAGGCUUCUCGCAUAAAUUUUUUGAUAUUAUAUAUUCAAAUUAUUGCAUAUGAAGUAAUAUCAAGUGACAUUUACAAGUAGCAAAA